UCAGCCAUGACACACAGCCAGUUGAUGGCAGAUAUAUAAACCCCAGUGAAGUCCACAGCUACAAUCUUCAGAAGAGGGAAUUUGAUCGAAUUGAUCGAUUGAUUCCACGAGCAGGCAGCAAUGGCGAUUGGAGCACCGCCGGAUGAUUCCCGGCAGCGGCCUGCUGCUGACCAGGCUGCAAACAUCCUCGAGAAUGUGUGGGCUACCAUCAUAGCAGGCUCCGCUACCCCGGCGUCGUCGUCGACGGCCGCGUCGUCGGAGGUGGGCGAAGAGAGGCCGCCGGAGGCGAUCUUGGAGAGGCUUCCCAGCCUGGGGAGGUGGAUUUCCAUGGGAGCCGAGGAGUGGGACGAGCUCCUGCUCAGUGGCACAGCGGCGCUCGCGUCGGGCGCCGCCGCCUCCGGUGAGCUGCUCGCCGCCUCGCCGGCGAACCAAGAAGCAGACCGGCAGCACGGUAAUCGGGCCACCAGCAGCUCCAAAGCGGCGGCGGCUGCGUGCAAGAGCUACAGGGGCGUGAGGCGACGGCCGUGGGGCAAGUUCGCGGCGGAGAUCAGGGACACGCGGAGGAAAGGCGCGCGGGUGUGGCUCGGCACGUUCGCGACCGCCGACGAGGCCGCGCUGGCCUACGACAAGGCGGCGCUGCGCAUGCGCGGCCCGCGCGCGCACCUCAACUUCCCGCUCGACGUCGUGCAGCGCGAGAUGCAGGCGGCGGCGGCCGGGGACGGCUGCGCCGGGACGACCCGCGUGCUGCGCCGGAAGAGGAGGAGAAGCAAUCACGAUGCUGCUACUGCUGAUGGUACAAGAAGCCAUGGGAGUGUGGCGGCGGGAACUGGCCGUGAUCCGACCAUGGUGUCGUUCGCCUGUGCCAAGAAAGAUCAGGGGACGCCGCCGUCGAUAGUGCAAGAACGCUCGAUCAGCGAUCCAGGAGCGGUGAUCGAGUUUGAGGACAUCGGCGGCGAGUACUGGGACUACUUGUUCACCUAAGAUUUUUCCGACAAAGAAAGGUACAACUAGAAUCCUAGAUAGGCAGGUUGUCCAUUCAUGGAAAGAAAGCGAAGGCUAGCAGUAACUGUAUAGAUCAAGUUCGACUGUUCUUGAGACCGUGUGUAAGUAUGUAGAUGUAGCCAAACACUAUUUGGUGAUUAAUUAGCUGAUCACUUGAGAUGAUAUAUAUACUUGUAAAUUUUUAUUUUAGGUGAUUAAUUAGUUUAACGAUUCAUGAUAA